AUGGCGCCUGCACUAGCACCCGACCACUUCGUCGGUUUUGACGUAUCCGACGACGACAAGCCCUUCCUCCUCAACGUUCUGGCCCAUCCCGGCACUCCCUGGGAGGAAAAGGCGGUCGUUUCUGACAUUUGCCUCUUCAGCGGCUUCGAAGACUGGUACCUGAAGCUGGAGUGUGCGGCCUCAAUCAGAGACAACCGCCCGCCUCCUGCCUCCGAGCUCGAUGCCCGAGAUGUUCUGGCCUUCGUCCCGCGUCCGACCAAGGCCGCACUAGCUAACGAGGAGCUGCGUAAGGGCUGGGCCGCUACCGACCAGUCCAUCAAGAACCUGUCGGCCAUGCUUCGGGCCCAUCGGUCAGGCCUCACUGCAUCGCCCCAGCCCGUCGAGAAGGACCAGCGAGUUAUCAAGCGAGAGGGUGGUCUGAAGCGGGAGCGUGACGAUGACGCAACUGAGGCCCCCCGGCGAGUCAAGCGACAGAGAACCGCGCCCAAGGCCACCUCUCACUACUUUGCGCCUCCGGGUCAUGAGCAAGCACAGCAGCAAUCGGCAUCCACAUCCCCGGCCGGUAGUGAACAACCCGAUCCCUCGGCAAUCAUCCGUCACGGCAUCGCUACACCGCGCAACAGCCCCCGCAAGUCCAACAACCCUGAGUCUGCAAAUGCAAGCGCCUCUGGUCCGUCGGAGUCCAGCAGCAGUAUUCAGACAGCAGCCAGCCAGGCAAAUGGAGGCAAUGACGACAUCGCCGGCGAUUUAAAAGGCAAUGGCCCGCAGACAGCCAGGGAUCUUCGGGCAGAGAAGCCAUCCUGGCCCACCCGACUGUCUCCGUCCCCAUCGCCGUCCCCGACGACCUCAUCCGGCCCCUUGUCCCCCCUGGAUUUGAGCCAUGUCAAAUCGGAGGAGUAG